UGUUGUUUACGUUGCGAUUUGAAUCUUCAACUAUUUCAUUUUACUAACAAUUUACAGGAAUUUAGUGAUUAUUUCUUAUUUUAAUAUAUUUUUGAUGGAUGAAUUACGAGGACCUACUAUCCAAAUUGUUCUUCAUGUAAAAGAAGGUUUAGGUUUCGGUUUUCUAAGAUCCCCAUUUAUCGUAAGUGGAUCUCUUAAUGGAUAUAUGUUAGAAACCGACCCGACGGUGCCUGCUCAUGCACCAGUAUUCGAUGCAGAACUUGUUUGGGAAGCUGAUAAGAGACGGUUCCGAAGCUUAAGAGUGCAAAAUGUACCUGUUAAAGUGGAGGUGUAUUCAACUGGCUCUCAAGGGAGAAAAGAUAAAGUUGGUUAUUUGUUGUUAAGCCUUCUUGGUGCACAGCCUUGUCCAUCUAACAAGCUAGUUAAUGUGAAACAUUCAUGGCAUAAACUUCUGGGAGUAAAGUCUGAGGGAAAGUGCUGUCACCCGCAACUCUUGAUGAGUCUUACCAUUGAGGACAGAGUCAGUACACCUACACCCCGGAAUGAGCUAAGAAUGUUCCAUAGCAAUGAAGUAGCAUAUCCAUCAGCACAUACUGACAAGGUCACCCCAUCUGCUAAAUCAGUCUUAUUGAGAGUUGAGGAAUACAUAGCAGAGAGUAAGAAAGUGGCAUCAUCUCUGGAUCUUCAACCAAAAUUGGUGUGCGAGGAAGGGCUCAUCCAGAUUGGCGACGGAAAUCAUCUGUUUGUACUUAGUUUGGUGAUUGGAUCUGUGGAAAAUUUAGACCUGUUACUUCCCACUACAUUCAACGAGACUGCCUUUUACUAUGUGACAUACUCUGUGUUUACGCAUAAUAUAAUGACCGACAGGGUUUGUGCGACGUCAUCGGGAAACUCAACCCGUGCAAAUUUCAAUCAACGUACAUCGUUGCGUCUACGGACGACUUUAACUUCAUUGGACAGAUACUUUGCAGAAUGUCCGCAUUUAGUGACCAAAAUAUGUCUCGGAGAAAAGGAUAUUGGUAUCUGUAGUAUGGAUCUUCGUAAGUUGGUUCCCACAGACAAUAUACAACAAUUUCUUUCAAGCUUUAGCAAUAAUGAUAAAGCUCUAACGAUCCAUGAGCGUUGUUUUAUAUUAAGGUGUGAUGACCUCACGAGAAAUGAAUAUAGACGGCCAUAUAUGGAUGUCGAACUUAGUUUGAAGUACCAGGGGGUUAGAAAUGUCCAGAAACCAAUAUUGACAGCCCGCAGUGCGACUCAGCUAAAGGUAAAUGAAAGCGAGAAGGUGCUAGUCGAAAGUGAAGAUAUUCUCUCACUUGGAUAUCGAGUGGGAAGCUGUACCGACUUGCAAGAAGGUGUGGGUGCUGGAUAUAGUUCUAUGGGGCCUUCUAAUACUGGCCGUUACACAAACGCAUCAGGAGAAGCCAUGUUACCAACGAAUGAAAUAGCAGACAUGAUAAAAAAAAUGUGUGAUACGUUUGCGACCAGUCAAGAAAUAUUGAGUAAGAAACCGACUACUUGUGAUAUGCAGGUUCAAUGCGACGUACAAGAUAAUCAGAACAAAGCAGAACAAGAAUUUCACAAGAAUGAUAUCAAAGUAGAAGCAUCUCAAAGUGAGACUUGUAUCUCAAACAAUAAAAUGUCAAGUAAUGUAAAAGAUGCUGUACAUAUGUUAAUACCAGCUAUAGACCGAGAUGCGAUGAUGCAGAAAUUCGUUAACGAGUUGGAGGAUUGGAAAGAAAAACAACAGGAAUUAUAUAAGAUACAAUUAAAACGUAAAGAAGAAUACCAUUUGGAAUUGUUGGCGAAAGAGUGGGCUAAACGUCGAGUAGAACUGGAAACUAAACUCAGCAAGGGAAUUGACCAGUGUCGCCAUCUAGCGGCGGACUUAAGUCGAGCGACUGAGGACUUUGCUUUAAGAGGACAUAGAAAUACGCAGAGGGAGAAGAAGCUGCUAGAGGCAAAAAAAGCUCUAGAGGCCCACUAUACAGCAAAAUACCAAGAGCUAAGAGAAGCUUCACAGAAAAUGGAAGACGACAUGAACCAUCACUUGAAGUUAAAAGAUAUGAAAAUACAGGAAUUACAACACUCUGUACAACAUUUAGAGAAAACCGUAGAAGUAUUAAAGAUCAAUAUGAACAACGUUGAAAAAGAAGCGGAGAGUCGUUGCUCAGGUUUAACAAAAGAUCAAACUGCUAGCCUCAUUCAAGAACUGCGAUGUCUGGAGGAGAAACUAGAGAGUGCGGUACAGUCGAAGGCAUUUUUCAAAGAACAGUGGGGUCGGGCAGUUCGCGAGCUUCAUCUUGUAAAGUUGUCAACUCGAAGACAAAUGCUUACCCAGCUCAGACAUGAACGCCGGCAGCUUGCGGAUGUUAAUCUGGAUCCAAUAAUUGAUGAAGAGGUUCCGGAAGUAAACCAGCAGGAAGAUAUGAAUAGGUUGAAGGAUGAUUUUUAUGUCGAUAUCCUUGCUAAUUCACCCCCCAUCGAAUCUCGGUCACUUUUAAGUACUUCGGACCAAGAUGGCUUAGAAAUAUACGAAGAUGUUAUGAAAAUGUCACGAAAUUCUGCGAAUUCAAAACUUAGUGAACUAAUUUCACAACGAGAACAGCUUAUUCAAGGAGAUGAACCAGAUGAGACUGAAUUAAAACAUCUGAACCACGAAAUACGAAAUAUGCUUAUUAAUUGUGCGACUUAAUUAUAUUUAGGUUAUUUUAGUAUUAAUUCCCUGCGUAGCACAUCUUCCUUCUUCCCAUUUUAAAUUCCUGGUCUCCUAAAACUUUAAUAGACGAUGAAAUAUAAUAUUGGUGUCGUGAAAAUCUAUCAUACUGAUAUGAUACCAAUCAAAAUAUAAAACGUUUAUGCAGUUUUGCACUUUUUAAAAAUAGUAUGUUCUUUACUUUUGACACAUUAUUUUAGUAUUUCUAAUAGAUACAUAUUGUGGGGUCAAAAUUUCACACGCAUUCCGUUGUUUUACUGAAACCUCACGAUAACCUGUAAGACUGAUAUUGAUCGUAAAACAACACAGAGUGAAGUACGAUGGUCCUGAUUAAAGACAUUUAUAAAAACCACAAGUAUUUCGGUAUUUUAUUGACAAAUAUAAUGGUUUUAUUGUGUGACCACGGUAAAUAUAAACUAAAUAUGAGGUGUCGUGUGUUGAAUAACGCACUUUAUUGUAUCCAAAUGAAAUGUGGGAGCGGCGCAAUUAUGCGAAGUCAUUUGCGUAGUUUGACCUUGAAUUGUAUAAAAUGUUAGCAAUGCUGAAAUGUAAUAAAAGGUGUCACAUCUUGAUUUCAUCAUUGCUUAGAAACUGCCCUUUAUGAGCAUGCAUGUCUCUGUUAAAUAUAAUGGUCUUACAACGGAAAGUAAUGCUAUUCAAAAUUAGCCUUAGGGUCUGUUUCACAAUGUAUGGAUAAAGUACCAAAUAGCGAUACAACACUUAAAUUAUUCGGAAGAUAAAAAUUCCGAAGAAAUUUCGCGCUACCUGACACUCGUGAAACGCAACAAUUGUGUUCCUACCAAUAAGUAAUAAAUAGCUUAUUUGGAACUUAUCCGGACAUUGUGAAAGGCCCUUAGUGUUUUAAUUGUGCUAUUUAGGCUUUUAUAUAAAAAGGGAAUCCAUUUUUUCCGAUGUCAGAGGCAUCGUUUGACUAAUGUAACGUAACAAAUCGAUAUAAUUAUAUUAUAUUUUUUGCGUUGGAAAUCCUUUUUUUAUUUAAAGUACCUUAUGUUGCCCCUUUUUGAGGUAGAAGAAAAAUAAUAA